AGAAUAUAUCAAGAAAAUCAACAAGCAAGUUUUGAGAAGAUCUGUAUAGAUCAAAUAAACAGAAAACAUUAUUAGAUCACACUUGAAACUGAAAAGCUUUGUAUUGGAAGUUUUAGUACACAAGUAUUGUUCCCAAAUAAUAGGUAAGACAACAAGUGUUAAAGGCAGCCCACUCAGUAUAAGGUAUCGAUAAUGUGAUGCAUAAAACCGCAAAAUUUUAUUUGUCUCAUAUGCUAAUAUGGUAAUUAAAGAGAGAUGUCAAAAAAACCAAAAUGGUAGUCCACUUUCUUAUGACGUCCAAUUCAUUGCCAUGCAACGUGCAUAGUUGUAACAGACCUCACGGACUGACAGGAGAGGUCUUCGCUUUCCCUCCCAUUGAUUUUCUGUGUCCACGGCCACCGCAUCCCCAUUCCCAAUUACAACCUCCUUUCCCAUUGCCUCCACCACUUCCUCCUCCCCAACCCCAACCGCCACCUUGUCCACCUCCUCCACCGCCGCCUCCACCUCUACCACCCCCACCUCCUCCUCCUCCGCCACCACUACCACCACCUCCUCCACCUCCACCUCCGCCUCCAUGUCCACCACCCCAGCCAUACCCUCUUCCAUUUCCUCCGCCCCCUCCACCUCCGCCUCCUCCUCCUCCCCCACCACCACCACCACCUCCGCCACUGCUUCCUCCUCUACCCCCACCAUGUCCAUUUCCAUGUCUGCUUUUAUGUCCUCCUCCUUUCCCCUUUCCUCCACCUCCUCCACCUCCACUCCCAGAACCCCCACCGCUUCCCCCGCCUUUACCCGCAUUUCCACCUCCUCCGCCACCACCUCCACCGCUGCCACCUCCUCCUCCUCCUCCUCCUCCACUUCCUCCCCCUUUCCCAUGGCUGUUUGAAUUGUUGCUGUGUUUGACAAACAUCUUAUCAUCCAACAAUUUCAUAUUACUUCCCUGGUUACCUUCAACCAAAUUGUGUUCUUUAAUCGACAGCUUAGGGAUGGAAGUAGCAUCGAAUGGAGUAGCUUCAUGGUUUGCAUCGAAACCUUUGAGCCCAUCUACCAACGACGGGCUUAACACAACUACUGCGAGAAGCAAAAGAGCCCCAAAGACUCUAGUAGUAGCGGUAGUAGUAUUCAUCUUCUGCCUCCACUACUUAGACAGUGCAUGCAUAAACUCACACUUCCAUACAUCCCUCUUUUAUACCCUUCGCCUACUUCCAAAGUUUUCCAAUAGACCUUUUGACAACCAGAGGCAGCCCCCACAGGAACAAACUUCGAUGUACCCGACGGCAAAAAUUGUCUGAAAAAAGCUGCACAAUUGUUAGAACGGAGUGAUAUCCCUUGCUGCGCAAGUUUGUCCCCACCUUUUGUUUUCAGUGACAAUCACGCACUACUUAUCUCUACAAUUUCUUUUUCCUUUUCAUCUCCUAGCUGGUGUGGUGGCCACUACCAAUUUCAUAUACUAUAUAGUAUUCUUAUUAGGAAAAAUCACGUUUA